AUGCUCAUAUCCUUUCCGGAGUAUCUCUCUCGGCUCACCAAAUCGUUUAUGGAACAGGAGAGACGGUUUGGGACUUACCAGGAGAACAGAUGGAGUUGGACUAAAGAAGAACUUCAAGAAAUCAUGUUUGAGAUUUUGACCAAGGGGACGAGCAACCGGCCUGUAGUCAUCUUUGUCGACGCAAUUGAUGAGUGUGGACAAGAUCAUGCCAAAUGCUUGUUGAGAUACUUCAAAAACCUCAUGGAUAUCGCUGAACACGAAGAAGCAAAUGACAAAGACAUCCGAUUGGUCAUUCGAGAGCGACUAAAGCGUAUUCAACCGGAAGCAAAGCGCCAGCGGAUAGAGAAGGAGAUAUUGUUGAAGGCCCAAGGAGGAUUCCAAUGGAUGGUCUUGAUCACUGCAAUAGUGAUUGAUGAAGUCACAGUUGGUACUAAGGAAGAAAAGCUAUAUGAGAAGAUCACAACUACACCGGAAGCCCUUGAUGAGCUAUACAACGACAUUUUGAGCGGCGCUACUGAGGCCGAAAAACAUCAGAUGACCAAGCUGUUCCAGUGGGUUCUGUUUGCUGAGCGACCUCCUGUCUGCACAAGAGCUUCGGGAGGCGCUUGCUACCGAUAA